GCUAAGUCUCCUCAGGUGCACUUAAUGAAUGAUAAGAAACCAUACAACUCUAUCUGAUUCCAAUUCACCCUGUGGCCUUUCAAUAAAUGAUAAUGGACUGAGUAUUGGACCCCUGUGUUUUAAUGGACACACCAUCCUGGUAGCACAUUUCCUGAACUAAAGGUUUUAUCAGAAAUUUACAUGGUCCUUCGAGCCGGAGAGGCUGCUAGGAUGGAACAAAAUGAUUCUACGAGACCUAAACGGAUAUCAAACCCCCCCAGAUGGCAUCGAGAUUAUUUGAUUCAGUCAAGGAAACCAUCUUGUCCACAAGGACAAACUACGUCUGAUUCUGUGCUUCUAGAAGUAUCACAGGGGGCUGCCAUAGCUGAGACUCGGGCUGAGGUGAGGGAUCUUGCUUGUGACGUACAGCAAAUAAAAGGAAUGUUGUCAGAACUGAGCCAGAGUAUGAGAACAAUGCAGAUAAGAAGUCAAAAUUCUUCCUUUUCGAUCAGUUCCAACCAGAGUUCUAAGGCAACAUCUCCUGUUGUUGAACAUAAUCAAGAGGAUGAUAAUUCUAGAGUAUCUCUUGUUCAGGAAUUGGGUGAAUGCCUAAGACAACAUGAGGCAAACCGACAUUAUGUUGAUCCAUCUACAUCACCUCCUCAACUCAGCAGACAAAGUACUCUCCCUCCUCCACCAAGAUCUAUGCUGCCUACACCAUUGCCACAAGGAGGAGGUGGAUCAUUAGAACCCAGUUCUUUACAGCUGCCUGAGGCCCGAAUGUUAACAGCACCAGUUGCUACACAGUAUGCUCACUCUCAGUUUCAGCCUUCAGAGAAUCUUCCUGGAAUGAGUAUGAAUCCAACUCAGUUUGGCAAUGUUCCACCUUGGUCCUUAAUCCAACAGCCAUUGUAUCCCAUCUAUCCAGCCAAUGAUUCGCGUUUCAUAAGAAGCGGUGGGCCUGUCCCUAGCCAAGGGCAAGGCAAUGGAUUUCCUCCAUGGAUGUUUCCAAAUUAUCCUGUACCUGUUCCUCCUCCUGCAUUAUAUCCCCCUUAUGGACCUAUUGUGUAUCCAAGUCAUGUCUUUCCGAUGGCCAUGCCAUCAUCGAUUCAAGUUCCUUCGAUACCUCCUGCACAGUUCGGACCAUCCAUGGGUCCUUUAGAUGUGACUGCUACUAGUAAUGUUCCUGUGUUUAGAACUCACACACCGCUGGGAUCUUCAGGUGUGAUCCAGUCCAGAGAUUCAGUGGUGAAUCAACCAGUAGUGACAGCUUGUGUUCACCCUUCCUCUGGGAAUUCAAGACUGGCUGGAAUUGAGAGGCCUUCAUUUCCAUGUUUCAAAAGAAACGAUCCUCAAGAAUUUGCAAUGCUAAAUAUGGCAUUAAAAAAUCUAUUGCCUUCAGAGGAAUCAGAACAAUACAAAUACCAUAUUCUUUUGGAUCAUCUGAAGCUUGAUGAUGCGCGACAUUUAGCCCUGGCAUAUGCUCAUGAUCCCCAGCCUUAUACUACAGCAUUACAUGCCCUGCAACGGAAGUAUGGCCAACCUCAUCACUUAGUGUUGCGGGAGUUGGCUUCCAUUCAAAACCUUCCAGCUAUACGUUCUGGGGAUUCCCUUGGGUUUGGUCAGUUUGCGCUACGAGUUCAGGCUCUAGUAGGCAUGCUCCAAUCAUGGGGUCAAGAUCAAGGGGCGAAGGAGUUGGCCUGUUCGUCUCAUGUUCACCAGCUAUUAAGUAAACUUUCAGCCCAUCAUGUUUCCAGUUUUGCAAGACAUAUUCGAACUGUUAAUCAGAAUGUUCCUUAUAAUUUGGUGGAUUUUGCAAAAUGGCUAGAGGAGGAAGCAGAAUGCCAAAGUUUAGUUGUUCAAGUAUCUGACCAAUCAAAGGGGGCAACAAAGUAUCAAAUGAGAGAAGAAAGACCUCCCAAAUCUUGGUAUACAACAGCAACCUUUUUGCAGGGUGCAAAUCAAGAGGAACAUUACAACCCGAAAGGUAAAAUGUUUCAGCCUACUAAUUCGUAUAGCAAACAAUUAGACCCAGGACCUUUCUGUGCCUUUUGUGGUCAUCAAGCUCAUCACUUGAGUCAGUGUAUGAAGUUCCAACAGUUUGAUGCGGAGGGUAAAGAGAAGUGGAUCCUGGAUAAUGGUCGGUGUUGGAGAUGUGGUCGGACCCAUCGUUCAGCUAAUUGUGACUUGAAGAAGCCUUGUCCAUACUGCAAAGAGCGCCAUCUGGGAGUUUUGCACGAAGUCAAUGUUCGUAAACCUGACUCUGGUAUAUUCUAUUUGAGUAGACCAAGUGGCCUCAAUUCUGUGCUUUUGAAGGUGGUGAAAGUCAUUCUGAGUUAUGAAGGGAGGACUGUGGAGACCUACGCCAUUCUUGAUGACGGUUCAGAAAGAACUAUGCUCCUUUCUCCAGCUGCAGAGAUGUUGGGCCUAAAUGGGCCGGCUGAGUCUCUAAGGUUGAGAACAAUUCGACAGGGUUCUGAAGAGAUUAAGGGCACUAACGUUACAUUUUCCAUCGCUCCGGCAUCUUUCAGCCAAAGGAAAUAUGAGAUCAGUGCUGCAUUUACAUCCAAGAUGUUGGACUUACCUGAACAGACUUACCCUGUCCGUACUCUUCAAAGAUGCUAUCAGCAUCUUAGACGUAUUCCUCUUGAAGAAUUCCAUCAGGUUAAGCCCCUGUUGUUAGUGGGAGCAGAUCAUCCUCAUUUGUUAUGCUCUACAGAAAGAGUAACAUUUGGUCCUCCUGGAAGUCCUAUUGCAUUACAUACUCGUCUGGGAUGGGUACUGCAGGGUCCCACUUCCUUGAUUCCUGAGACUGAUUCUAUCUCUCAGUGCCACUUCUUGGCUACUUCCACCGAAGAUCAGUUACAGAGGGAUGUAGAAAGAUUGUGGCAAGUCGAUGUUCUUCCGUAUCAUCAGACAUCUAAGGCAGUUUUUCGGUCAAAGCAAGACCAAUACGCUCUUGAGUGUCUGGAGCAGAGAACCGAAUGCCUGGAAAUGAAUGGUGUUGUAAGAUAUGCCACUCCUUUACUUCGAGCCAAACAUGCACCCAGAUUGAAUGUUCUGCAGCAAUCAGUAAUGCCAGCAUUGCGUCGUACCGAACGCCAGAUUGCAAAGAAUCCAGUGCGUGCAGCAAUAUAUGAGGAGGAGAUUCAAAAGCUAGUGGAAUCUGGCUAUGUGAAGAAACUGAACCCAAAGGCAAUGACUUCCACUGAUGAAUCUUGGUAUGUACCCCAUCAUCUAGUUGAACAUAAUGGGAAACACCGUCUAGUAUUUGAUUGUUCCUAUCAAUAUAACGGUGAAAGCCUGAAUUCAUAUUUGUUAUCUGGCCCGACCUUGGGUUCUUCUCUUCUCGGAGUCCUUCUCCGUUUUAGAGAACAUCAAGUGGCAAUCAGUGGCGAUAUCCGCGCCAUGUUUCAUCAAGUUCGAUUACUACCUUCAGAUAGGCCAUUGUUACGGUUUCUGUGGAGAAAUAUGUCCAGAAAUGCCCCAGUGGAUGUUUAUGAAUGGCAAGUUUUACCAUUUGGUACUACAUCAAGUCCCUGCUGUGCCAUUUAUGCUCUUCAAAGACAUGCAAAAAGAAUCUCAACUACCUAUCCAGAAGUUCAAGAUUCAGUCCUUCAUUCAUUCUAUGUCGAUAACUGCUUGCAAAGUUUGCCUACCAUUGACGACGCAAAGGAAAUGAUCUUGAAACUACGUUCUGCACUGAGUGAAGGAGGCUUUGAGAUCAGACAAUGGAGUAGUAAUUAUGCCUCCGUGGUUGACCACUUACCAGAUGAAGCACGUUCCCUGCAAACCGACUUAUGGCUGAGUCAUGAUUGUAAUGAUCCAUGUGAGGGCACACUCGGGAUGAGCUGGCACUGUUUACAGGAUACUUUGGGGUAUAAGCACCGACCUGUGGAAUACCAGACCCUGACUUUGCGGAUCCUGUAUCGCAUCCUUGCUCGACAAUAUGACCCGUUGGGGUUUAUUAUUCCCUUCACUACACGUGCUAAGAUCAUGCUCCAGCAGUUGUGGAUCAAACCUGGGCGUGGAUGGGAUGAUCCAGAUAUUCCUGAAGGCAUUAAGAGAAGUUGGAUGGCUUGGGAAGAGGAGCUAUCUGGCUUGAGCAAGAUCCAAGUUCCUCGGUGGUAUGGAUCAGUAGGAUCAGGUGAAGAGAGGAGAGAACUGCAUGUAUUUUGUGAUGCAUCAGAGCGGGCUUACGGAGCCGUAUCUUACCUUCAUCUUUCAAAUGGGAAUGAAGUUGUCACCUCAUUUAUUAUGGCUCGAUCUAGAGUAUCCCCAAAGAAGACCAUUUCCAUCCCACGUCUAGAACUAUGUGCGGCUCUAGUUGGAUCUCAACUGGCAAAUCUUUUAGUGAAGGAACUUUCUGUGCCCAUCCAUAAAGUGACGCUUUGGACUGAUUCAACCACAGUUUUGACAUGGAUCUGCUCUGAAUCUUGUUUGUACAAGAUAUUUGUAGCUAAUCGGAUAACUGAGAUUCUAGAUUAUACUACACCAGACCAGUGGAGAUAUGUGGAUACUGGAAACAAUCCGGCCGAUGAAAUUACUAGAGGAAAGAAGUUGACAGAGCUAUCUCCUACUAGUCGUUGGUUUCGAGGACCUCCUUUCCUUGCCUUACCCUCUCAUCAAUGGCCAAAGUAUCCAAUAACUACUCCUGAAGUAUCACUGGAAUUGAAAAAAACUGUGUUUUGUAGCCAGACACAAGUUUUACCAAGUCUUUCUAAAGUGGACCCUGUCCAAUUUAACACUUGGUCAGAGUUGAUUUCUGAUACCAUUGAGAAGUUUUCUCUUGAUCAAGCACCAGAGAACAAGCUCAAUCAGAAUCAAGCAGAGCUGUUACUACUUCGUCAGGCACAAGAGGAGGAUUUUCCUGAGGAGAGCAAGUUACUCCAACUAAAUCAAGGUGUUUCAGCACAAAGUAGACUUGUUGAAUUGGCACCUGAGUGGGAUCCUGUGACUGGUCUCAUAAGAGUGGGAGGUCGCCUUCGGCAGAGCAAGGACUUGGAGUUAGAAACGAUCCAUCCCAUAAUUUUGGACCCUAAGAAUCCUAUAACUAAGCUUCUGAUUGCAGAUCUCGAUUCAACUCUGUGUCACCCAGGACCGCAAAGAGUCUUUGCCCAACUUCGUAGAAAGUAUUGGGUUCUACGUGGACGACAAGCUGUAAAAUCAGUUCAGCGUUUGUGUCGUGAGUGUAGAAGAUGGAAAGGGUCUCCUUCAGUCCCGAGGAUGGCUGAUCUUCCUCCCUCUCGACUCCGCCUUUACAAGCCCCCAUUUUGGUCAACUGGAAUGGACUGCUUUGGCCCCUUUAAUAUCAGUGUCGGCCGCAGACAUGAGAAACGAUGGGGUCUCCUUUUCAAAUGUCAGACAACACGAUGUGUUCAUCUUGAGCUGUUAUCUGGUUUAGAUACAGACAGUUUUCUAUUGGCCCUCCGGCGUUUCAUAGCUCGCAGAGGUCGACCCUAUGAACUUAUCUCAGACCAAGGAACUAAUUUUCGGGGAGGAGAGCGAGAGCUCAGAGAAGCGUUCCAUCAACUCAGCCCUGCCCUUCAAGAAUUGCUUUCUAAGCACCAGAUUCUAUUCAACUUUAACCCUCCAUAUUCUCCGCAUUUUGGAGGAUGCUGGGAGAGAGAGGUCCGAUCCAUUAAGGCCGCUUUACGGGUGACAUUGGGCACCCAGGUGCUGUCUCCAGAAGUCUUGUAUACAGUGCUGGUAGAAGUGGAAGAGAUGUUGAACUCUAAACCUCUUGGAUAUGCGACAUCUAAUCUAUCAGAUCCUGAUCCCAUAACUCCUAACAUACUGUUGAUGGGGCGGCAAGAUGCUUCUUUGCCUCAAGUAAUGUAUGCUGAUUCUGAACUACUUUCACGUAGAAAGUGGAGGCAUAGUCAAGUUCUAUCUGAUAGAUUCUGGUCAAGUUUUAUCAGAGAUUACCUACCUUCCCUUCAAAGUCGUCAGAAGUGGAUGCAGGACGGAAAGUCGAUCUCAUGUGAUGCUGUCGUAAUGGUCGUCGACCCGCAGCUUCCACGGGGACUCUGGCCUAUAGGAACUGUUACAAAGGUCUCGCCAAGUCCUGAUGGCAGGAUAAGGGUUGUGGAGGUUCUCAUUAAAGGGAAACACUACAUGCGCCCAGUUAGUCGUCUGGUGGUCCUUACUAAGUUUUCAGAUGACUUGAAUUAAAAAAUUGGACAGAAUUCUCUUGGGUCAAAUGUUUACACAUUUGGGGGCGGCUGUUGAGAAUUCCUAUGGAUCACAUGACAUUGCCAAUCAGGGGAGGAGCUAAGUCUCCUCAGGUGCACUUAAUGAAUGAUAAGGUACUAUUGUUUGGUGUGAUGGUGUGUGGCACAUGCAAUGGAAACAGAUUGUCCUUUCUUUCUCUCCUAAUGAGAGCCUUUGUAGAGUUUAUGUGUUCCUGACAAUGUAAGUUUGUUUGCUUUGUUUUAUUAUGUUAAUUCUUGAGAUUCUGUUUGUCUAAUUCUGAAAUGUAUUAUGUGAUUAAGGAUUUAUUAGUUGAAGUUCUAUGGUGUUAAUUAUCUUUAAGAUUCUGUUUGUUCUUUUGUUUAUAGAAACCAUACAACUCUAUCUGAUUCCAAUUCACCCUGUGGCCUUUCAAUAAAUGAUAAUGGACUGAGUAUUGGACCCCUGUGUUUUAAUGGACACACCAUCCUGGUAGCACAUUUCCUGAACUAAAGGUUUUAUCAGAAAUUUACACCCACACAUAAACAAAUAAGGAUUUUACAGUAGGCUAUGGAUAAUAACCUAAUUAUAAUGAAAUCAAUUUCACAAGAAGUAGAGUAAUUAAUUUGCCCGUGGUUGCAUUUUAGUGUCUUUGUUUCCAUGAUGAGUCUAGAGAACAUGCAACUAAAAGCAACAUGCCAUGACCUAUGGCCGUGACAGACAAAUUUAAAGGUAUAGGCCUAUGGUUUUU